AUGAACUGCCAACGGAGCUCACUCCUACUGCUACUGCUUCUUGUAUUGCUUUGCGUUUGCGCGGAGUGCGAUGGCAAAAAGUGGCGAUCGCACAUUAAAAAGAAGAGCAAUGCACCCAAAAUAUCAGCCACCUUCCGCACAGUGCCACCGAAACGCAAGUCAACGCCGAAACAUCACGCAGCGUCACAUAAACGCAACCCAAAAAUGAACUACUAUCAUCCGUUGCCCUCAAAGUGGCCCACCCAUAUGUCAAGCCCAUUGCCAUCGAACUACUAUUUGGCCUCGUCGUAUUAUCCUCGCUGGCGUGCCUACCACACAUCACCGUCGAAGUCGGCACUAAAGAAAAUUGAUUUGACGCCACCAUUUAAGCCGCUGCCCUUUGGUGGCUACUCAAUGCCACUGCGGCGCUCCGAUGAUUUUGCUGUUUCGGAUAGCAGCAGCGAUGCUUUGCCGCCCUCCACUUUGGUGGACAUGAGUGCCUUCAAUGCUGCAAUGAAUGAUGGUUUCUUCGAUACUGACUUAACACAUUCUACCACAAAUGGUGAGUUUAUGCCACCAGAAAUAUCGUUAGGCGGCUGGACACCGGUGGAGUACAAGUCAUUUUUGGCAGAUGCCGAUUUCAGUCUCUGGAACGAGCAGUUGGGUCUGAAUCGUCGACUCGAUAUGGAUGAACUUAUGUACAGCAAUCCUUAUGAAAUGCAUUUUAUUUGA